GUGACAGCAUGCUUUUGGCGGGAUAAAUUGAGUGUUUUGGUUUUUUCCUCUGAAAAAAUGUACGAAUUUGAAGAAAAUCCCGUAGCUGAUCACGAUCUUGAUGGUGCAGGAAGUGACGACGAAGCUGAGGGACACGAAAAUGAUGGAAAUCUCCCGGAGCAACCGAUAAAACCAGCUGAAGAUGGUGUGAAGGUGAAACCCAAGAAGACUAUCCGGAAACCCCGAGUUACGCUCAAUACGGCCAAAUUGAAGGGUGAUCGUGGACUCCACACCAUUGAGCACUACUUCCGGGAUAUGCACUUCAAGGGCAAGGGCCACGAAGCGGAAGAUCUCACGCGUGUGAUGCGAAAACUCGAACACUGGGGCCAUCGUGUCUUCCCAAAUAUGCUCUUUGUGGACUUUGUCAAUCGCGUCGAGCAGCUCUGCCGGAAGGCUGAUGUUCAGACUCACAUGAGGAAGUACAAGAGUGGACUCCUUGGACCAGAAGUUCAGCUCGACGUUGUGGAUGAAGGGAUGGAAAGGAUGGAUGCUGAGCACGGAGAUGAAUUUGAUGCUCUUCUGUCUGAGCAAGUGGAAAUGCAGCGAAAUGUUCCGCACAGGGACUUCUCAUCGAUGGAUCUGUCUUUCAAUGACGAUCUGGAAGCUGAUGUAUCGCUCGGUGUGGCGGAAAUUCCACCAACUCCACCGCCUCCGGUGAAUUUGACGGAUGAAGCAAAAGCUCGAAUUGCAGAGAAUCGAAGGGCAGCUAUGGAGCGACUUCGUGCUAAACAGGCCUUGUCUCAAGUUAAUGCAAUUUCCGAGGAACCAAUGGAGCAGGCUGAGGAAUAAUAAUCAUUUUUUUUGUACAAAAUUAAGAAAUUAUUAAAAAAUUGAAAAAAUCU